GUGGGCGGGGCUUUACAUCCGGGGAACAGCCGCAACCCCUGACGUCACGUGACCCCUGCAAGGAUUGCAAACAUGGCGGAGCCCUCCGUCGGGAAUUCGAGCCCAGGAGGUUCAGCAGGUGCCGAUGAUCAUGAUUUCGACCCAUCAGCAGACAUGCUUGUUCAUGACUUUGAUGACGAACGCACCCUGGAGGAAGAAGAAAUGUUGGAGGCAUCAGAUGAGACCAACGCCAACGAGAUUGAAGAUCUUGCACGGGAGGGAGAGAUGCCCAUUCAUGAGCUGCUGAGUCUGUACGGUUAUGGGGGCAAUUCACCAGCAGAUGAAGAUGAAGAGGAGGAGGAAGAACCAGAGGAAGAAGAAGAUGAUGAGGAAGAGGACGAGGAAGAGGACCUAGACAAUGACGAAAGCAGUAGAAGCACUGGGGAGUUAAAAAGAAAUGAGGUUGAGGGUGUUAAGAUCUCACCAGGACAGGAGGAUGAGGCCCAGGUAACCUCUGAGGUCCGCACACGCUCAGUCAGGUCGCUCGGCACAGUAGAACUCAUUCGCCCUCAGAAACUCAAGUACUUUGAAAGUAAUAAUGAUGCAGAGGAGGAGUCAGAUGAAGAUGAGGACUAUGUUCCAUCUGAAGACUGGAAAAAGGAAAUCAUGGUGGGUUCAAUGUAUCAGGCAGAAACUCCUGUCGGCCUGUGUAAAUAUAAAGACAACGAAAAAGUUUAUGAAAAUGAUGACCAGUUGUUGUGGAACCCCGAGUGUCUUCCUGAAGGCAAAGUGGUGGAGUUCUUGACGGAGGCAUCGAGGCGGACAGGAGAGGAGAAGGGAGUGGAUGCAAUCCCAGAGGGAUCCCAUAUCAAAGACAACGAACAGGCGUUGUAUGAACUAGUGAAGUGUGACUUUGACACAGAGGAAGCUUUAAGAAGACUUAAGUUUAAUGUAAAAGCAGCGAGAGAGGAGCUUUCUGUCUGGACUGAAGAGGAAUGUAGAAAUUUUGAACAAGGACUAAAAGCUUAUGGGAAAGACUUUCAUUUAAUACAGGCCAACAAGGUGAGAACUAGGUCUGUAGGAGAAUGUGUGGCCUUUUAUUACAUGUGGAAGAAGUCUGAGCGUUAUGAUUUCUUUGCACAGCAAACCAGACUUGGGAAAAGGAAAUACAACCUUCACCCCGGCGUCACGGACUACAUGGACAGAUUACUGGACGAGACGGAGAGCGCGACGUCCAGCAGGGCUGCGUCGCCUCCUCCCACCACCUCCAGCAGCAGCGCCAGCCACUCGGAGAGGGAAGAUGGCAGCAGUCAGAACGGUGAGCUGAUGAAUAUACACGGAAUCGCAAGCCACAUUUCAAGCCAUCCAGCGGAUGGUGCUCAGCUGCUUCCAGUAAAUCAAGUCAAACCUGAGCCCGUUCAGUCUGUUCAGUCCAACGGGCCUUCCCAUCCGCUAGUGGAAGCUGCUCCUCCUCCUCCUCCUCCUCCUCCUCCCAUUUCAGACAACAACUCCAACGGCUGCAGCCAACCCGGUGCGCCCAGCCACGACCAAAACGGUUCUCUGGAGCCUCCGCUGGACCACCGAGACGCGGCGACGGCACAUGAGAGGCCUGCCAAGAGAUGCAGGACGGAGGCAGAGCCGAUGGGCCAAAGUGAGGUGGAACCAUCCAGAACACAGGAGAACUGAAGGACACAGUGACGUAGACUAAUAGACGCUGAAUUUAGGAGGGGGGGGUUAUCCCUACUUCCCUAUUUAUGGGCAGAGGUAAGGGGGUGAAGAGGAUGAGGAACGAUGAGCCCCGCGUGGCCCACAAGCGCAGUAUCUCCUGAGAGCAAAGACUCUUUGAUAAGGUCAAAGGUCACUGAAAAUCACACCUUGAUGAACACAGCCAACCGAACUGCAGCUGUCCUCCAGGAGGGGGACGCCACGGCCGCCUCCGUCUCCCCGUCCCUCCGUCCCUCCGAACCCAUCCGCGUACUGACUGCCUGCAGAGCUCAUCCCAAAGUACCACAGCGCUCCUUCAUCUCCGACAAAACCAUCUUCUAACCAUCGUCUUUAUUCCCUUUUUGGAGACUUGACUGACAAAAUUUUGCCAAGAAUUUCCUCUUUUUUUUUCUAUUUGUACUCAAAGAAAACAAAAUCACCUGUGAUAUUUUUUUACACAAGAUAUAUUUAUAUUUUUUAACAAAAAGAAAACUAUGAUAGGUAACUGCUGUUCAAGCUGUUAGAACAUUUGAUGAAAACACGGGACACGUUUUAAAUGAUUUACAUGCUCAAGUUGUCAAAAAAAGAGGCAAAAACACAAGACGAGUAAGUGCCGGCGCUGUCGCUGGCUCUCUUUAGUUGCACUUUGAUUGUAUGUUCCUCAUCUUUACGGACGAGGAGUGGCGUCGAAACCCAGCAGAAUAACAUUUUCACUCCUCUUCUGAACCCGCUCCGGCCUCUUAUCAACGGCUGUUUGUUUGAUUCUGAUAAAUAAACCGACGGGUUGGUCCCCCCGCAGGUUUGUUUGUGUAAAGCAGCUGACAUCAGUGAUGUCCUGUAUUAUAAUUCAUCAUGUAGAAGAUCGCUGUAUUUUUGGAUUUUCAUAGUCAGUGCUUUGCUCAACGCUUUGUUUUUACUAGACAGAAUGUCCGUGAUUUUUAAUGUAAAGUUUGUAUAGAUUUCUUACCUUGAGCAGUUGGUACAUUUUUUUAUAACUGUCUGUUCAUCUCCGUCUGUUCUGGUCUUCCUCGUAGGCUGCUGUGCUUUUUUGUUGAGAAAUCUUUUCGCCCGUGUUGCUCUGAGAUGGAUGUAAUAAAUAAAAAAAAGUAGCCAUUCCUCUUUCCCUCUCUGUUUCACUUUACACUUCGCAUUCCCGUGUGACCUUGCACAAUCUAAAAUGUUUGUUGCAUAUUUUGUGCAUAGAAAAAGCCCCACCUUGUGGUUGAGCGUGCUGCUUGCCUUUGGUUUAAAACCUCUUGCUUAAAGUGCUUAGUUUCAACCGAUAUCCUCCCCGUCUUUCUACAGAGCAGUGGAUUUCCAGCAAUGAAACAGACCAGGUUAAUUUGUUUUGGUACAUUAGCUGUUCAGCUUGACGUGUUUUACUUUGUACUCCAGCUUUUGAACUUACAUUCACAAAUUAAGAUAAGUUUGUCUCGAAUAAUGUUGAUCCAUGUAGUCUUUUCUUUCCCUUUGUUGACAAUGUCUUUGUUUUGUUUUUGUUUUUUUUCUCUGUAAAUGACGACAUGAAUAAAAAUGAAGUGUAUUCCAAGACUGGCUAUGAAUGGAAUAACAUUGGCUAUAUUUAAUAAAUGUAUUAAUGAGU